UUCUUCUCCUUCUCCUUCUCAUCUCUCUUAAGAAUACAUCCUCCUCCCUCUCAGACAAAACUUUCCAAAAACAAUUUCUUCCUUCAUUUGAAAUGGCUGAAACAAGCAUCUUCAACAACCAAACCCCACCUUGCAACAUCUCACAUUCAACACCUCCCCUCUCUCCAUGCACAGAGAUUCCCAAACCAUAUCCAAACCGAAGCCCAAAAUCCGAAUAAUUCACAUAUUCGCCCCGGAAAUCAUCAAAACCGACGUCGAAAACUUCCGGGAACUCGUUCAAAGACUCACCGGAAAGCCGGCUCAUGAUCUUCAACAAAAGAAAAGCUCUCGCAACAACAAGAAGAGGAAGAAUCCAAGAGCUCCAAGAAAAGAACAAGAAUUUCCAAGAAAGAAUAAUAAUAAUAAUUCAACAAGCUUUCAAGAAAAUCAGCUGCAAGAGGAGAAGAAGACGGCGAGAAGUGGGUCUUCUUCAGGGAUUCAAGGAGUUAAAGAAGAGGAAGAAGAAGGAGUCAUGUGGAGCAACAAUGGCGGAUAUUUGAAUGGAUUUUCAGACUUUGAAGGGUUUCUGCAUGAAAUUGGAGAAUUUCCAUUGAUGCCUCUGCAUGCUUUUGAAGAAACUCAAUUUGCAUAAUUUUUUUUUGGGGUUUAAUUUUCA